UUCACAGCAACAUUCACGAUCAGAAAAAGAAAGAAAAAACUCACUACUUUUGCUUGUAAAUUACUCUUAGAAAUGGCCAAAACAGAAGAACUCUCACCGGGAAGCUCCAUGCACGGAGUUUCAGCCAAAGAACAAACGUUCGCAUUUUCAGUCAUCAACAACCCACAAAUCCCAACUGACCCGACUGCUAAAUUCUCACUCCCAGUCGAUUCUGAACACAAAUCCAAAAUCUUCAAUCUCUUUUCCUUAGCUAAUCCCCACAUGACAACUUUCCACCUUUCUUGGCUCUCCUUCUUCACUUGCUUCAUCUCAACUUUCGCCGCCGCUCCUCUAGUUCCGAUCAUCAGAGACAAUCUCAACCUAACCAAAAAAGACAUCGGAAACGCCGGAAUCGCCUCCGUUUCCGGCAGCAUAUUCUCCAGGCUCGCAAUGGGUGCAGCCUGCGAUCUCUUGGGCCCACGUUAUGCAUGUGCGUUUCUGAUCAUGCUCUCUGCUCCGACCGUCUUCUGCAUGUCGUUCGUGCAGUCCGCCGGUGGAUAUAUAGCGGUGAGGUUUAUGAUCGGAUUUUCUUUAGCGACGUUUGUUUCGUGCCAGUUUUGGAUGAGUAGUAUGUUUAACGGAAAAAUUAUCGGUGUUGUUAAUGGUACGGCGGCGGGAUGGGGUAACAUGGGCGGCGGAGCGACUCAGUUGAUUAUGCCGUUGCUUUUUGAGGUGAUUAAGAAAGCUGGAGCUACGCCGUUUACGGCGUGGAGGAUUGCGUUUUUUAUUCCGGGAUGGUUACAUGUUAUUAUGGGGAUUCUGGUUUUGAGUUUAGGGCAAGAUUUACCUGACGGUAAUUUCAGUAUUUUACAGAAGAAAGGGGAUGUUCCUAAGGAUAAAUUCUCUAAGGUAGUUUGGAAUGCAAUAACAAAUUACAGAACAUGGAUAUUUUCACUUCUGUAUGGCAUGUCAUUAGGUGUGGAACUCACUACUGAUAAUGUUAUUGCAGAAUACUUCUUUGACAGGUUUGACCUCAAGCUGAGAACAGCCGGCACCAUAGCUGCAACAUUCGGAAUGGCCAACAUCUUCGCUCGUCCCGUCGGCGGUCUCAUGUCGGACACAGCUGCACGCAGAUUCGGAAUGCGUGGCCGCCUCUGGAACCUCUACAUACUCCAAACCCUAGGAGGCAUAUUCUGCAUAUGUCUCGGACGAGCCAACUCACUCCCUCUCUCCGUCGUUUUCAUGAUCCUCUUCUCCUUAGGUGCUCAAGCCGCCUGCGGCGCCACCUUCGGUAUCAUCCCCUUCAUUUCCCGCCGCUCUUUAGGUAUCAUUUCGGGCCUCACCGGUGCCGGAGGGAAUUUCGGGUCAGGAUUGACUCAGCUCUUAUUUUUUACAAGCUCAAGUUACAGUACAGCAACAGGGUUAACUCUGAUGGGAAUUAUGAUCGUUGCUUGUACGUUGCCGGUGACGAUCGUGCAUUUUCCGCAAUGGGGCAGUAUGUUUUUGCCGGCGACGAAGAAUGUAGAGAAAUGCAGUGAAGAGUAUUAUUAUGGGUUGGAAUGGAAUGAAGAAGAGAAGGAGAAAGGGAUGCAUCAGGGAAGUCUUAAAUUUGCAGAGAAUAGCCGUUCGGAGAGAGGACGACGAGUCGUUUCUGUUACUACACCACCUAGUUCUACUUCUGCUGAUGUGUAGGGACUUGAAUGAAAUAGUUUGUAAGAUGUUGGUGCUUUAAAUAAAUUUGUUGGAAUUAUGAAA